AUGUCAUCGGCUAUAAAAGAGUCAAAUGAAGAAUUUGAAGAUCAGUUUCGUCUCGAAGAGGAGGCAACAAAACGUGAAGCCGCAGCCGUUGCAAAUGAUAAAAAGACUCGCAUCGAUGCUGAUGGAACCGUAAUGGAAUGGGACGAAGAAAAACGCGCUUGGUUUCCCAAAAUAGACGAUGAUUUCAUUGCCUCCUAUCAGAUGAACUUUGGCAUUCAAAACGAACAAGAGAGUGCUCACACAGCAUGGCGUCAAUUUGCUGCUCAAAUUGAAGUUCUUAAGGCAAAAAGGGGUUCUGAUGAUGAGGUUGUCAAAAGUGGUCUCGCAUCACUUGAUGCAUACUAUCGAUCAGACGCCUAUCGCGUUUGGUAUGAGGCCUAUCAGAAACAACAAGAAGAAGCCAAAUUGGAAGAACAACGAUGUCUUGAGAGAACGAGGAAAGUACCGCAGGUGGAAGUUUCAGCCGAUGAUGCUCUUAAACGAGCAGAAAAGGAGCAGAAACUUGGUGUUCCAAUUAGUAAACCUACUACAGUGGACGUUUCAAAUGAUGCCAAAGAUCAGGUCAUUGAACCUCCUGUUAAAAGGAAAAGGAAGGGACCUCCAGAGUGGUAUGAAAUCGGCGAUGACAAGAACACUCACGUCUACGUCUCCGGGCUUCCUCCAACCAUUUCUGAAGCAGAAUUCAUAACUCUAAUGUCCAAGUGUGGCAUCAUCAUGAAUGAUCCCCUUACAGACAAACUACGAAUCAAGCUGUAUCGGGAUGAACAAGGCAAACCAAAGGGUGAUGGUCGGUGCUGCUAUAUCAAGAUCGAAUCUGUUGAUUUGGCUCUAAAAAUUCUCGAUGGAAUGCACUACGAACCAGGUUAUGUGCUGCAUGUUGAACGCGCCAAAUUCCAGCCAAAAAAGGACUUCGACUACACGAAGCACCGUCGAUUGACUGCCAAGGAGAAGAGGAAAUUUAAGCAGAGACAAGAAAAGUUGCUUUUCAUUUUAUACUGGAAACCGGAAGCUAACAAACACAUUCGAAGCAAGAAGGAACGUGUGGUUAUCCUUCGAGAUGUGUUUGAUGAAAAAGAUCUUGGUUUGGAUGUCAGCCUCAUUCCAAACAUUCGAGAACGCGUGCGAACUCAAUGCGCCAAAGUUGGUGUUGUGAAAAAGAUUGUCGUUCAUGAUACCAAUCCCGAAGGCGUUGUUGCUGUUACCUUCAGCACUCCCGACGAAGCUGACGUUGCUAUCUCCUUCCUUAACGGUGCUCUCUUCACUUAUCCCGCCCCCAAUACGAACUGCGCUCAGUCCUCCUCUGCUGAACUUCGAAGAAAACAACUCCGAGUUGAACGAUGGGAUGGUCGAGAACGCUUUGACAUUCGUGGGGAGUCUGCUGAGGAAGAGGCUGAACGAUUAGCUCGGUGGAAUGAAUUCCUUGGAGGCGGUGAAGACGAUUCUGAUCAGAGUGAAGAUUCAGAUGGUGGAGAGGGAAAUAAUGGCGACGGGGAGGGAGAUUUAGAUCUUAUCGCAGAACAGGAAGAUGUGAAAGCAACUGAUACAGAUGAAGAGCUCGAAAAGCGAGAUGGUGGUGAUUCGGGAGCAGAAACUGAAUGA